AGCGCGCCGCCCCGCCGCCGGGCGCCGCGAUGUCCAGCGAGGAGAGCUACCGGGCCAUCCUGCGGUACCUGACGAACGAGCGCGAGCCCUACGCGCCCGGCACCGAGGGCAACGUCAAGCGCAAGAUCCGCAAGGCGGCCGCCUGCUACGUGGUGCGCGGCGGCACGCUGUACUACCAGCGGCGGCAGCGGCACCGCAAGACCUUCGCCGAGCUGGAGGUGGUGCUGCAGCCCGAGCGGCGCCGCGGCCUGAUCGAGGCGGCGCACCUGGGCCCGGGCGGCACGCACCACACGCGGCACCAGACCUGGCACGACCUGUCCAAGACGUACUGGUGGCGCGGUAUAUUAAAGCAAGUCAAAGAUUAUAUUAAACAGUGUAGCAAAUGCCAGGAAAAACUAGAUCGCUCCCGUCCGAUAUCAGAUGCUUCCGAAAUGUUGGAAGAACUGGGCCUAGACCUCGAGUCUGGAGAGGAAAGUAACGAGUCGGAGGAUGACCUGGGCAGCCUCACCUCACCUCCAGCCGCAGCCUCCAAGUCUGCGAAGAAGAAGCCAGUGUCCAAACACGAGCUAGUAUUCGUCGACACCAAAGGCGUGGUGAAGCGGUCUUCUCCGAAGCACUGCCAGGCCGUGCUGAGACAGCUGAAUGAGCAGAGGCUCUCCAACCAGUUCUGUGACGUGACGCUGCUGAUCGAAGGGGAGGAGUACAAAGCUCACAAAUCCGUUCUGUCGGCUAACAGCGAGUACUUUCGAGACCUUUUUAUCGAGAAAGGAGCUAUUUCCAGCCACGAGGCUGUGGUAGAUCUUUCUGGGUUUUGUAAAGCAAGUUUCCUUCCCUUGCUGGAAUUCGCCUAUACUUCCGUACUGAGUUUCGACUUCUGUAGCAUGGCUGACGUGGCCAUCCUAGCCCGCCAUCUUUUCAUGUCCGAGGUGUUAGAGAUUUGUGAGAGCGUGCACAGACUGAUGGAGGAGAAGCAGCUCACGGUGUACAAGAAGGGCGAGGUGCAAACAGUCGCGUCUACCCAGGACUUAGCAGAGGAGCGCGGAGCCGCAGCCCCUCCUGCAGCCAGCAGUGAGGGAACCCCGGCCGCGCUGUCGGGUGAGCUUGGAGACUGCGAGAUCGUGCUCCUGGUGAACGGGGACUUGCCGGAAGCUGAACAGAGCGGAGAGUUAGGACGGCGGCCUGAGCCGCAGGUUUCUUCAGAGCCGGAGGCCCCUCCGCCGUCUGUAGGAUGUAUAAGUAACUCCCAUCCAGAAGUGGAGACUAUUGAUCUAGUAACAAAGAACAGCCAGCCAGAGCUAGAAGCUUCAGACAUUAGAGAAGACGACACAGGCUCUCAUUCUCAUCCUCAGCUUUCAAAAGAGACCAUAAUCAUUAGCUCUCAGGAGAACAGUGACAUGGAACAUGAUACACCAACUGAAGAUGUGUGUGUUGAAGAUAUUUCGAAACACAGGGACGACCUCACCCAGCCUUCACAAGACGACGAAAAUCCAGUUGCACCCACCGAAGAGCCGGACGCGAGCCCUGAUGACACGUACAGAAGCAGGCUCCGGCAGCGGUCUGUCAGCGAAGGGGGUUACAUCCGACUGCACAAGGGCCUGGAGAAGAAGCUGCAGAAGCGGAAAGCCCUGCCCAAGUCGGCGAUUCAGCAGGUGGCCCAGAAGUUAGUUCAAAGAGGGAAAAAAUUGAAACAGCCAAAAAGGGAUGCUCCGGACAACCCUGAAGAAGCCGCGCACAAGUGCGGGGAGUGCGGCAUGGUCUUCCAGAGGCGCUACGCCUUCAUCAUGCACACGCUGAAGCACGAGCGAGCCCGAGACUACAAGUGUCCAUUGUGUAAGAAACAGUUUCAGUAUAGUGCCUCGCUGCGGGCACACCUGAUCCGACACACCAGAAAAGACGCGCCCUCUUCGUCCUCGUCCGGUUCCACAUCUAAUGAAGCGUCGGGAGCCUCGUCUGAGAAGGGCAGAACCAAACGAGAAUUUAUAUGUUCCAUAUGCGGAAGGACGCUGCCGAAGUUGUACUCCCUCCGAAUACACAUGCUGAAGCACACGGGUGUAAAGCCGCACGCAUGCCAGGUCUGUGGAAAGACUUUUAUCUAUAAACAUGGUCUAAAGCUGCAUCAGAGCCUCCAUCAGUCCCAGAAGCAGUUCCAGUGUGAGCUGUGUGUUAAGUCCUUUGUUACCAAACGGAGCCUUCAGGAGCACAUGAGCAUUCACACGGGAGAGUCAAAGUACUUUUGCUCAGUGUGUGGAAAGUCUUUUCACAGGGGCUCUGGACUCAGCAAACACUUAAAGAAACACCGGCCGAAGCCCGAGGUUCGAGGCUAUCACUGUACUCAAUGUGAGAAAAGCUUCUUUGAAGCGAGAGAUCUUCGCCAGCACAUGAACAAGCACCUCGGCGUGAAGCCGUUCCAGUGCCAGUUCUGUGACAAGUGCUACAGCUGGAAGAAGGACUGGUACUCCCACGUGAAGUCCCACUCCGUCACCGAGCCCUACCGGUGUAAUGUGUGCGGCAAGGAGUUCUAUGAGAAAGCUCUGUUCAGGAGGCACGUAAAGAAAGCCACCCAUGGGAAGAAGGGGCGAGCGAAGCAAAACCUGGAGCGAGUGUGUGAGCAGUGCGGAAGAAAAUUCACUCAGCUGAGGGAGUAUAGGCGACACAUGAACAACCACGAAGGGGUGAAGCCAUUCGAGUGCCUGACGUGCGGGGUGGCGUGGGCGGACGCCCGCUCCCUCAAGCGCCACGUUCGCACGCACACCGGAGAGCGGCCCUACGUGUGCCCCGUGUGCAGCCAGGCCUACAUCGACGCUCGCACGCUCCGGAAGCACAUGACCAAGUUCCACGCGGACUACGUGCCUUGCAAAAUCAUGCUGGAGAAAGACACCCUGCAGUUCCACAACCAGGGCACGCAGGUGGAGCACGCCGUGAGCAUCCUCACCGCGGGCGUGCAGGAGCGGGACAGCAGCGGGCCUCCGGAGCUCGAGACCGUGGUGGUGACGGGGGAGACCAUGGAAGUGCUGGAAGCCGUGGCCGCUACCGAGGAGUGUCCGUCGGUGUCCACGCUUUCGGACCAAAGCAUCAUGCAGGUGGUGAAUUACGUGCUGGCGCAGCAGCAAGGGCAGAAGCUGUCCGAGGUGGCGGAAGCCAUUCAGACCGUGGAAGUGGAGGUGGCACAUAUUUCGGAGGCAGAGUGAGGGCAGUCGUGGCGAAGAGAAAAUCCCUGCGCGCCGAGCUGGCAGUUCGUUUACAAUCCCCUGUGGCUGUCUCCUGGGUUUCUGUCGAGCUCUGGACUGUCGCUGACUCCUACACGGGGUCACCAGCGCGCCCUCGGGGAGAGUCUGCUUACUGUAAAGAAAUGAAACCUGCUCGAGGGUGGUGGUUUAUCAUGGUAUGCCUUUUAUGAUUCAUGUUUAUAAAUGGCUGUCCUUCGUCUGAAGCUGUAUCGUUUCCCUUGUAUUUUGACAUUAUUAUAUAUUUUGAGUUUUAAAAGCUGUACCAGUUGAAUGCUUUUCUUCUGAUUUAUUCUCAGACUCCAGAGGUUCUGUGAUUUCAGUUGCCCUGUUUAUAAAAUUCUAAUAUAAACCCUUCGGUAGGAUACGUAGGUAUAUUACAGUUUUAAUGCUUUACACCUGGUGACUCUUGACUAUUUAUUUUAAGCCCUUCGGAGUCAGGGAUUCUUUAUUCUGUUUUAAAGCACUUAAUGAGUUACAUGUUGUAAUCAAGUUUGCACAAUGUAUUUAUCUAUAUGGGAACUCAGAACAGAUAGCUAAUUUUUAAAUGCCAUUAAAAUGCAUGAAAUGCCUGUUACGGCCUUACUGUACUGUCCCUUCAAGGCAGGUACUGGACCACAGAAAAGAGUACUGUUGCAAAACUUCGUUGGGAAAUAAAAAUCUUAAUUUUUUUUUUUUUUUUUGCAGAAAAAUGAACAAGUUAGGUUUGGUGUGUUUUCAGUUCAUAUCAUGUUUAAUUUUGUUGAAAAACUGCAGUUGAGAAAUAGGAUAGCAGCAUAGACAUCUACAGCAGUCCUGUGGGUACUGUGAAAUUAUCAAGUCAUUUCAGAAUUUUGAAAAUUCUUAAAUGUAGCCCUCAUUAUACUAAAUGAAUUAUGAUCCUGCCAAAUUUUUGAAAUAUUUUGAAGUUACCUGAAAACUAAAUUACAUUAAUUGUGUCUGAAGUUUAAAUUCUCACCUAUUCAAGCUAUCCAAUUUUCUGAUUUUCAGAAUAACUAUGGGGAGAUGCCACAUUUCUCUCUAGGAAACUACCAUUUAAGCUGUAAUUGUUAAAAUUAAGUUUUUAGGUAUUAAAAGCGGUUAUAAGAUACAAAAUUAAGAUUUAAGCAGAGCAUAUGUAAGUCAUUCCUGAAGCACAAGAAAAGAACGUGCCUUGAUGUACAUAUAUUAAGAUGCUUAUUCCUGUUUACUUUAAAAAUGGCUUUAAUAAAGGAUAAAGAAUAAAUGCAAUAGCUGUGCAUGCAUUAUACUUGCAUACUUAUAAUAUUUGCAUUUGCAAAUUUCCUAUUGUUUUCAUAGCUAUGUGGCUGACUUUCAAUUUUAAGAAGUGAAUCAAUAUACAGCCCAUAACUUUAAAUGGCUGCUUGUUUAUUGUACCUUUCAGUUUGUGAAAAAAUAUUACAACCUAAAAUUUGAAAUUGUCUUUUGUUCCAUUUUCACAGUUGUUAGAUUUCAAUGUAUAAGAACGUUAAUGAAUGUCAUAAAAUAUGUAAAUAAAUGAUGUUGAAUCUUGUUUAAAAGCAUAA